GCAAAUACGUCUCAUAUAUGACAUAACAUUAGGUAAUCACAUGCAUCAUAUAUGCCAUAUAAAUAUUAGGUUAUUUAUAUUAUAAAUUAUUUUAGAGUUGAGCUCGAGCCGAACUUUCGAUCUUAAUGAUGUGUCAAGAUUUAAUAAAUGAGUUGGCUCGUGUUCGACUCGGCUCGGCUCGUUUAUAAACGAGUCAAUGAACAAGGCAAAUCUCGACUCGGCUCAUCAACAACCCUACCCAUAAGACUAAUUGCAGGCUCCGGUCCAAAAUUAAUAAACCCAUUAGGACUCGGUUUUGGCGAUCAAAGGUCGCUAUCCUCUUCAACGGAUCUGUGGGCUUGAUCCAUGCGGGUAAAGAUCCGAGGAGGCCCAUGAGAGAAACAAAAAUUGCAAGAAACUAACCAGCUACCACUCACCGUCCAGCCAUAGAUGUCUCUCAUUUCUCCGGAAUCCAAUUUCAUCGCCGCAGCCCGCAGUCAUGAACUCCGAAAUUCCCCUCCCUUCAGAAACCAGCGGCAGAAGCCGCCGCCGGUGCCACGUGGUGGCUGUUCCUUACCCAGGAAGAGGCCACAUCAACCCCAUGCUUAACCUCUGCAAGCUUCUCUGUUCCAAGAAUCCCAACCUUCUCGUCACUUUCGUCAUCACUGAAGAAUGGCUGCGCAUCCUUUCCGGCGGCGACGGCAACGGCACAACUAUUCACAGCAAUAUCCGGCUAGCUUCCAUCCCAAAUGUAAUCCCAUCGGAGCUCAUCAGAGGAUCCGACUUCCCCGCCUUCUACGAUGCUGUAAUGACCAAGAUGGAAUCUCCCUUUGACCAACUGCUCGAUCGCCUCUCCGACCCUCCCGUCACCGUCAUGAUUUCCGACACCGAGCUCCGUUGGGCCGUCCGAAUCAGCAAUCGGAGGAAUAUCCCGGUGGCCACGCUGUGUACUGUCCCUGCCAGAGUGUUCUCCCUGUUCCAUCGCUUCGCCUGCGUGCAGAAUCGCGACCAAUUAUUGGAUGACGGAAACGAGCAUCUUCAUGAUCAUUCAAUUGUUGCAAUUUCUCCGCCGGAGGUAGCAGAUCUCCGAGCAAUAUUCCGUGGGGAUGACCGGAAAAUCAUGAAUUUGACUCUAGAAUGCAUCUCAUGGGUGCCAAAAGCUCAGUAUCUACUGGUGAACUCUGUCCAUGAGCUUGAACAUGAAGUCUUCAACUCCCUGAGAUCGGAAUUUCGGUGCCCAGUUUACCCAAUUGGCCCAGCAAUUCCUUUCUCUCAACUCGACAACGAUACAGUUACUAAACCUGCUGCUGAUUAUUUCCAAUGGUUAGAUUCCCACCCUGAAGGUUCAGUCUUGUAUGUCUCAUUAGGGAGCUUCCUGUCCGUUUCAAAGCGGCAAAUGGAGGAAAUUGUAGCGGGUCUCAGGGAAAGCUCUGUUCCACUCUUGUGGGUUGCUCGCGGAGAGAGUGAUAGGUUACAAGAAAGCUUUGGUGGUGGUGAGAAAGGGAUGGUGGUGGCAUGGUGCGACCAGCUGAAGGUGCUGAACCAUGGUUCAGUGGGAGGGUUUUGGACUCAUUGCGGCUGGAAUUCGACCUUGGAAGCUGUUUAUGGGGGUGUUCCGAUGCUUACUUUCCCUCUUAUAUUCGAUCAGGUUCCCAACAGUAGGGUGAUUGUUGAGAAAUGGAGAAUUGGGUGGAGGUUGAAGAGAGAUCCUGGUGGGUUGGGAAUAGAUGAUGGUGAGUUGGUGACGAGAGGUGAGAUAUGUGAAGUUGUAAAGAGGUUUAUGGAUGGAGAGAAUAGUGAGGUUAGGGAAAUGAGAAAGAGGGCCAAAGAGCUGGGGCAGAUAUGCAGGCAAGCAAUUGCAGAAGGUGGAUCUUCUGAUAGAAACCUCGAUGACUUCAUCUCAGACGUUUCCAAAGCUUGUUAGUGUUGUUGAUGUUGAUGAAUAUCUGUAAGCAACAAUACAGGCGUUUUUUUCACACAUCACGAGGAAGGAUGAUAACAUAAAAUAAAGGAUAAAGAACUAAAGAUCAUAAAGCAAGAAAUGCACAAAGCAAGGUAGCAGGUGGCUAGCUCCACAAGCCACUUGACCAUUUAUCUAGCAUGCUUUGCCCUUUUGUGAGUUACAUAUUCUAAUCUUGAGAAAAUAAGGAGAACCCUUUUCUAGUGUUCUACCAAGUUCUCUCAUUUUCAGCAGAAAUUGCUCUCCUGAUAUGGAACCGAAGGAAGUAUGCCAUCAUCUGGUGGUGAUGCCGUUCCCAGGGAGAGGGCACAUCAACCCCAUGAUGAACUUCUACAAGUUGCUUGCUUCCAGAUGAAGAAAUUUCCUUAUCACCUUUGUGAUCACAGAGGAGUGGCUUCGCUGCAUAAGUUCAGAACCAAAGCUGCAUAACCUCAGAACCAAAGCCUGAGAUAGUUCAGUUCAAAAUCACAGCCAACGUAAUUCCACCAGAACGCCUGAAAGCAAUAGACUUUCCAGGAUUCUAUGAAGCUGUGAUGACGGAGAUGGAAUCCCAUUUAAACAGCUCCUUGAUCAGCUUCAACCUCCGGUGACUGCUAUCAUCGGUGACAUUGAAGUCAGAUGGGCUAUAGCCUAUAGGAGUUGGAGACCGAAGGAAUAUUCCGGUGGCAGCUUUCUGGACGAUGUCAGCUUCCUUCUUUUCCAUGUUGUAUCAUCUGGAUGUUGCUCCAAAAAGCCUGAGUUCACCGCCAAAGGAUCUUUUAGGUAAAAUGCAGAAAUGGGGUGUCUUUUGUUAUAAUGCUCUGAUCUAAACUUGUGAGUGAUUUUGUUUUUCUCUUUGUGUUAAUGUAGAUCGUAUGGAUUCCAUUCCUGGGGUUUCUACUUCAUAAGUUUCUGAACUUAAAAACGUUGUUCCAGAAGAAUAAUCUCAGAGCUGGAACUUGCCUUGGAAUGCAUUUUCCAGGCCUUGAAGCUGCUGGCAUUCGGUUCCUGUGGAUAGCUCGUGCAGAAGCUUGGCGGCUGAACCUAACGGGUGAAUGCAAGAAGGGGAUCGUUUUGCCAUGAUGUGAUCAGUUGAAGGUAUUGAGCCAUUCUUCAGUAGGAGGGUUUUGGAGUCACUGCAGUUGGAAUUCGACUCUGGAAGCAUCUUUUGCUGGGGUUCCCAUGUUGACAGUACGCAGAUUGUUGAAGAUUGGGGGAUUGGGUGUGAGGUCGACAUACACCUGAAGCAAGAAACCAAGAUAAGUAGAGCAGAGAUUGCUCGAAUUGUGGAGCAGUUCAUGGAUAGUGGAAGCAAAGUCGGCCAACGAAUGAGGACGAGAGCAAGCGAGCUUGGAGAUAUAUGCAAUUCAGCUGUUGCAGAGGGCGGAUCGUCAGUAACUAACCUCGAUGCAUUAAUUGCUGGCAUUUCACAUCCGCCGCAGCUCUUCUUUCCGUUUCAAUGCUUGCAAGUUUGUGAUGCCGCUAGAUCAAUGUUUCAAAGAUGCAGAAUCUGAGAGAUUAACCUACAGACGUUUCUUUUUGUAACUAUUCUGCAGUUCUUUGCAGUUUAGCUAAAGGUCAACACCAAGAGGCACUAGAAGUUCCUGACCUGACCUUAAUUGGUUCUUAAUUCCUCGAGCUAUUGAUAGAAAC